AACAACGUUCAACGGAAUUACCUACUGGUUCUCAUGAAAAUAUAAACAUCUUAGACACAUCUGAAUACUGGGAGCAAUUUUUAGGAAAUGCGGAUACAUUCCUGCAGAAUGACUUUGAAAUGUUUGAUGAAUAUGGUGCGCCGAUAGAUUCUUCACCCAACGCACCAUUCACACCACUUAUUGAAACAGUAAAUCCAUUAUCACCGUGUGAAGAACCAAUAUACCAACAAUUAAAAUGUGUUGAAAUUGUCGAACCUGGUGAAGUAAUUGAUGAAUUAGUUAAUGAGCAUUUAGUAAACGGCACGAAUAAAUCACCCUCUCCAUCUUCAAAAACUUCAGAGCAAAAGUCACCUUCAUUAAACCAACAGCAAACUACUGAACCAUUUCAAAAACAACUUGUGGUGUCGUUAGACAUUGUGGUACAAGGACAAUAUCUUUCACCUCAGAGCAUGGUUGAAAACUGUGACGCCAAGGAGCUUUGA